CAUUAGUAUCCAAGAUAAUACUUAUCGCGAAUUAAAAAGAAUAACUAAUCCGGGCGAGGUUAGCCAAUUUAUUGAUAAAUUAAUUAGCCAAGAAAUAGCCAAAAAAAAGCAACGACUAAUUGAAGGCUAUAAAAGAGUAGCCAAAAGUAAAAAAAUCAAAAAAACCCGCCCUUCAUUAGUGGUAAGUAAUGAUAUCCAAAAUGAGUUUGACGAGCAGAUUAUUGUUUCGCCCUUAAGCACUGAAGACCUGGAUCAAGUGGAAGAAUUUGAAGUUUAUAUUGCUAAAACCGCUGAAAAUGGUUUAGAAAAAGAUAGCAAAAUUUUACUUAAUCGUCUACAAACUAUUGAUAAGAUGGUCCGCUUAAAGGUUGAGAAAGAUUUUAUCGGCUCGACUAGUCCGGAAAUAAUGCGACAGUUGGGAUUGAUCGCUGAUGUUGGCUCAAAAGGCGACACUAUUGAGGGGGGAUCAUUGUUGUUUGACCCGGUUUCAUUUGCGUUGGAUGAGUUGGUGGCAACGAGAGCAGGGGAGGAGGGGGGAUAUUGUUGGCAUGAGGCAUUUAUUUCUCAAAAAGGCGGAGUGGGAAAAAGCACUCUAUCUCGUGCCUUGGCAACUGAAGCCAGUAAAGCAAAGAUGAAAGUAUUAUUAGCAGAUUGCGACCCUCAACAAGGAACUAUGAUUAUUGAUGGACCCGCCCGGACUAGUAAAAGCACCUUAGAAAUUGCCACCAAGGCGAAUCUAAUAAUCCAGCCAACCGGUCCCAGCGUAGAUGAUUGUGAACCGGCUGUGAAAGAAUUUCAUGCCUUAAAAGAAGCCGGCAUCGAAAAAAAAAAAUUAUUGUUUGUCUUGAAUCAUUUAACUACCACUGGUGAGGAAAUAAAUGCCCGAGCAUAUUUAACUCAGGCUGGUUAUUCAGUGUUAAAUACUGGUUUAACUGAAAAGGCUUCUUAUCGGCAGGCACAAAACCAGGGUUUAGCGAUUACGGAAGUUAUUUAUGAGAAAUUAAAAAAGCAGGCUCAAAAAUUAAUCGAUGAGAUAUUGACUAAAUUAUAG